AUGGCAGAGAACGCCGAUCGAUCUGCUGUUCCAUCCUGGGAUGGCUCUGCAAGGACAUGGCGGCGGUUUACGAGGGAAGUGGCUUGGUGGGUGACUUCUACACCGAGCCACAAGCGUAGAUACUGUGCCAGUAAACUGCUGAGCCGACUCACUGGACCUGCGAGGCUAUUGGCGAUGUCGUGGUCACGGAUGUCGCUGGACUCUGAGGAAGGGACGAAAGUCCUUCUUCAACGGCUAGCGGCCUCGCCGCUUGUGCGCCGCUCUCUUCCGAAUGCUGCAGCGAUUUGCCAACAGUACUUUUCGUUUCGCCGCAAUCCUGCAGAGAGCAUAGGGAACUUCUUGGUGAGGGAGACGCUGGUUCAUGAAGAGUUUGUGGAAGCUAUCAUCAGACUUCACGAAGAGAAAUUGGGCAUCUCUCAGGAGGCACGCGACUUCGGCUUGCCCUCUGGAACCACGGACUCUUGGGAUGAGUGGCAUGGCGGCUGGAGUUGGUGGGAUGAUGAUGCCUACAAUGAGGGUGAAGGUGAUGAAGCUCCUCCUGCCGGCGAUUCUCCCGAACCUCAUGCUCCAGACGAGGCGACCGCGCCGCCAGUGACUCCGACGACACCUGCGGCCGCCCCGGGCUCUUCUCCCAGCCAUCGAGGUGAUGUUGAUCAAGCUCCUCUUCGUGAUCCUUCUGAACAAGUACGGCCUCUUGGUUCUCCUCCCGAGGCUAUCGACGAGAUGUCUAUGGCCGACUCCUUUAUCCUCGGAGUCUUGAGGGGAUGGCGUUUGUUGCAGGCAGCGGGACUGUCUGCUGAGGAGAAACGUGACAUCCUCAGUAGCACAAAGAACUCCUUGGACUACGAGGUGGUGGCUGCUGCGCUCCAGAGCUUGUGGGACGACCAACUUCUGGGUCACCGAGGUUCCCAUGGGCAAGGCCACUACAGCGCGAACUACGUGACCGCCUCGGACGACGGCUACGACAAUCACGCCUUCAUGGGCUACUGGGAGGAUGAGUGGUUGCCAGACUCGAUGUACGGCGAGCACUACGAGGAGUCCUGGGAUGACAAUGCUGGAUGGUGGGAGACCGAUUGGCCGGGCCAUGAUGGAAUGCAGGCGACUACGGCGUCCGAGGACAUCACUCCAGAGGACCAGGAGCGACUUCGCGAAGCUCAGCAAGCCGAGAGAGUAGCCGAGAAUCUUGCCGCCGAGGCCCAAAGGACCUGGACAGAGGCCCAACGGGCCACCCAACAACUUCGUCGUGACCGUGGGUUCGGAGCUGUGACUUCUGGCAAGGGCGCCUGCUUCGAGUGCGGUGGCCCACAUCUUGUCCGUGACUGCCCCAAUCGGCGAUUCAGCUCCAUGAAGGGCAAGGGCAAGGGCCACUACCAGGCGACCAUGGACGACAGCGGCCUCUACUACCAGGGUAAGGGCAAGGGCAAGACUAAGAGUAAGAAGGGCUACUGGUCUGAUGUUCAGGCUGCUUGGAUGAAAGGCAAGCAGAAGAGCAAGGGUAAGGGCAAGGACCCUCACCGAUCUGUGAAUGCCUACAGCGCUGAGUACUUCGUGGGCGGUCUUGAGCUUCGCGAGUCCUUUGACUUGAAUGCGACCAACAUGGCAUCCACUUCUCCCAGCAUGGCGAUGCUGGACUCCGGAGCGACGGCUUCGGCUGCACCUGAAGCUGUAGUUCAGUCUCUUGUACAAGCUGUUUUGUCACAGGACCGACAGGCACACAUCGAACUGGACCAAGCUUCGCGGCCAUACUUUCGCUUCGGCAACGGGAAGUGGGGGCGUGCACUUUGUCGUGUCAGUAUUCAAAGCAGAGCUUCUGGACAUCUUCGUUCGUUUGCCUUGUACACACUCCCCAAUCCUGCAGAGUACUACCAAGCCCAGUUUGACAAGAGCACCCUAGUCCCCAUCUUGAUUGGCAUGGAUUUUAUUGGUCCGGAGGGUGUUGGCAUGAUGAUAGACUUUGCUACCGGGUUGGCUAUGUACACGAAGGAGUCGUCCCCCGAGAUCUUUCAGCUGCCAGUGAACCGUAAGGGCCACUACACUCUGGAUAUCGUCCAAUAUUUAACUAGAGGGCACAAGUGUGAAGAAGGUCAUGCUCAUGUGUUGGUACGGGACGGACCUCAGCCCUCUACUUCAACCAUGUCACAUCAACUACUCGAGUUGUGGACUGUGUGGAUUGACCUGCAAGUGAGUGAUCGUCAGCUGCUAGAGCGGGACCUGUCUGCUGCAAGAGAUCGCAUGUGGAGGUUGUAUCAGCGCUCACAAUCUAUGUCUCCGACAGCAGCGUCUUCAGCUCAGAUGUUGAGUCUCUCUGACUCCGUCGACCCGACAACUUCCUCUUCUCGCGAUUCUCAGAAUGGCAGCUUCGCGCUCGACGGCAGCGGCUGCGGAUCCGGAGGUAGAGGCCAUUCUGGCCGCCUCCACGAAGGCAAAGGCGAAGGCCAAAUCAAGGCGAGUCAGUGGCCAUGCUUCGGCCAACAUGUUCCAGCUGCCCCGAUGAGCAAUCAGCACGGCCAAUGGAUUCACUGCCAGCACUGCGACCUUCGUCUUCUGUAUACCCCUCGAAAAGGGUCACCUUCCAACACGACGGCGGUGACGAACCCGGCGAUGGUGAAGAAGAUGCUUCUUGGUCUCCAAGGAAUGCUGGGAGACAAAAAGCCGACUGCGAAAAUCUGCCACCACAUGAUGGCCAAGAUCAAUGCCGAGGAGGUCCUCCAGAAGGCGGUGACGGAGCUCCUCACUACGGGCGGCUAUCCUGCUCCCUCGACGACCACUUCGCCGGUGAGCACGACCUGGGGAAUGGUGAACGACGACUACGACCAGGAGCUGAUUCAGGCCUACGAGAUGGAGAACGACAAGCAGCUGUGA